UUUCGUGUUGGUGAAGCAACAUUAGCUAAGUGCUGGAACAGUAUUUUAAAUUUUGCGGUAAACAAUGAUGAUCCCGAAGAUAAUGUUCCGUUGGCGGUUUUAAAAGAAAAAUGGGAAGCUGAACUUCGCACCUUGAUGAGCAACACCGUCGAUCUCCUUAGUAGUUUAAAUCCUGAGAUUGAGUUCACGUUACCAGCCAUUUAUGAAUGGAACGAAGAUACAGAGGAGAGCAAUGCAGAUCCCGAUCAUCAACAAAAGGGCGAAUCCGAUGAUGAUAGCGUAUCAGAGCAUCUGGAGAAAAUUAAGCCGACUGAAGCAGUUGAAAUUUUCAACAAGGCGUUAAUAUGGGCUGAUCAUGAAGACGUCGAUCAAAAUGAUAUGAGUGUGCUAAGAUGGUUAAGGGAGAAAGCUGUGCUUCAAGUUUUAGAAAAACAGAAGAUACAAGCAAAGAUUACUGUUUUUUUUUUAAUAAUUUCAUACGAUGGGACUUAAUUUUC